AUGGUUAUCAUAACCUUAGCCUUUUCUCCACUGAACAUGGACCUUAACAGAACGGAUGUAUCUAUUGUUUAUGUUGUGACAAUAAUGGCUAACGUUUUCAUCAUCGUCAUUGUGACAAAGGAACAAUGUCUGCACAAAGCUAUGUACAUCUUUAUCGGUGGACUGUCCUUCCUAGAGAUCUGGUAUCCAUCAGUUACAGUCCCGAGACUCUUGUGGGCUCUGCUCACUAAAUGUGAAUCUAUUUCUUUGGCGGGUUGCAUGACCCAGUUCUAUUUUCAUUUUACAUUCGGCGCUACCGAAAAUUUCCUCCUAGUCGUUAUGGCCUAUGAUCGAUACGUAGCCAUAUGCAAUCCUCUUCAAUAUGUCGUUAUCAUGAGUCCUAAGACUUGCUAUAAACUAUUAUUAGGCUCCUGGGUGCUUGGAUUUCUUAUGGUCAUCGUUCCGUGUUCUCAGAUCUCCAACCUGCCAUUUUGUGGUCGUAAUAUUGACCACUAUUACUGUGAUUUUGCCCCAUUGCUGAAGCUAUCUUGUUCUGAUACGUCAAACAUUAAAAAAUUGGUUUUCGUAACAGCUUGUUUUGUGAUAUUAGGCUGCCUUUUGCUAAUUAUUGCUUCUUAUGUAUGUAUUAUUCGCACCGCAAUCCAUUUUCCAAGUUCUUUUGGGAAAAGCAAAGCAUUUUCGACCUGUGCAUCCCAUCUGAUUGUUGUUUCUCUUUUUUAUGGCACCACCAUCUUCAUGUUUCUAAGGCCAAACUCUGAGGACUUUUUGCACCUGAAUAAAGUCAUCUCAAUCGUCCCAUCCGUAAUAACCCCUCUUCUCAACCCAGUUAUUUACACGCUAAGGAACCAAGAGGUAAAGGUUGCUGUAAUUAAAACACUCCAGAAGAUUAAGUGUUUGGAGAAUGAGAGGAGAGCGUCAUCGGGUUACUUCUAA